AUGAGUAGCUCGUCCCCAAGCCUGCAAUCCUGCCUCGCUUCUGCAAAGGCAAAAAAACAAGAGCUCGAGACGACGGCGGCAGAUACAAACAGCCCCGCGUUCCGGGAAGAGCUCAGCAAAGCUAUAUCUGCCUUUGAGCAGUGCCAGAAACUCAUACAGCAGCUGUCGUUGUUCAGUCCCAAUGAAUCAGCGGAAGACAUAACUACCGGAGAUUUACAGUUUUUGACAGUCCCAUACCUACUCGCCGAACUACACCAACGGUCUUACAGUACGGAUCGUCUUAAAACACUCCAGCAGACGCGAGAUGAAUAUGAAAGGUUUCUUGAAGCACUAGACCAAUACGACCUUCUCUCGCCUUCAAAUAAAAAGCUCUACGAACAGUACCUUGAACAGCCGGAGUCGUUCAGCCUGACUCCUACCAAUGAUGCAUCGGCUCGCAGGCAAGUGAAAAUAACGAGAUUCAAGGAAGAGAAGGAGCUUAGGCGGAAAUUAGAGUACCUUUCGCAAAACAGGGAUUCGAGUCACAACGACGAUGACCUAGUACGGCAGGUGUACCUCGCGGAAAUCAAUUUCUACACGCACCGAACUUUCCAAUCCCUGGAUAUGCUGGCGCAAGAACUAUCCAUGCUUAAAGCAGCUCAGUCGCUUCCCCCAGUCCAAAGAACAGACGAACGCAAACCAGGGCUUUCAGACGGGAAGGAAACGGGAUAUUCCGACCGUCUUGACAUGAUUGGUUCGCAGAUGGGUCGUGGUCGGUAUAGCGGGGUGCUGCUGAGCCCAGACGGUAAACCACUUCAGCCGUUUACCUUGACAAGCCGGAGAACCGAUAUUCAAAGGGGCGUAUUCCGACCGGGACACAAUCUCCCUACGAUGAGCAUCGAUGACUACUUGGAAGAGGAGAGGAGACGGGGUGGUAUCAUUGAAGGUGGUGGUGAAAAGUCGGGUAUCCCAAAGGAGAUUGACGAAGAUGAUUUUGAAAAGGCUGAUGAGGAGACUCUUAAGGCGAGGGCCUGGGAUGAGUUUACAGAGGCUAAUCCUAGGGGUUCCGGAAAUACUUUGAAUCGGGGCUAG